CAUCGGUGCUAGAUAAUCGCUACAAGUUAUUUGCUAUCGUCAGGAGCUAGACCAAAUCUCCUGAAAGACCUAGACGUGCCAGCCAAAAGCCUGCAAAGUGAACAGCAAGAUCUACCCGUGCAAGUCUGUGUUUUUGCCAUUAAAUCUUUUGGGAAUGUGCAUAACAAGAAUCAGUGAAAGAAUAUUACCACUUUGCUUCAUGAAGCGUUCGACUCUACUGGUGGGCAUACUUUUCAUUUCAUCAUUUUUCUCGAUCAUGAUACUGUGGAAUAAAACAAGCUAUCCACUCCUCGAGCCUUCGUUUUGGAGCAACAAGACAGAAAUCGCUUCCAAUCGAACUUGCUUCAGUAAUGACAACAAAACCAUUUUGUUCUACACUCCUAUGUUUGGUAGGAAGCCAUGGCCCGGAGCCAACUCCACGGAAGAGUAUCUUUGGGAAUGUCCGACAAAAAAAUGCCACAUAACCUAUGAUAUAAACGAUGUAGGAAAAAGUGAUCUAGUUAUUUUUCAUGCUCGUGAUAUACGACGUUAUGUUACAUUGAAAGAAAUUCAACAGAUUCACAAGUACCGGUCUCCACAGCAAAGAAUGGCGUUUUUUAACCGAGAAUCCAUCGUCAAUGACCAAGGUUUAAAGAACCUUUUUCCAUGGCCGGAGGGGUUCUUUAAUUGGACAAUAACUUUCAAAAGGGAGUCCGAUUUUCACUUUCCUUAUGGACAUUACGCUCCUUUGCCGUCAGCUGAGAGACCAGCGAAAAUUCCUGACUAUGCAGCUGUGAAAAACAAAUCUGUGUUAUGGGCUGUUUCCAGUUGUGGGAAAACUCGAGAUAAGUACGUAAAAAAACUUCUUAAAUACAUCAAAGUUGAUGUUUAUGGCCACUGUGCGGGAAAGUUUGGCCAAGACAAUCAGUGCCGGCUAUCGAGCAAUUGCGAUGAUAUUUUCAGCACAUAUAAAUUUUAUCUGGCAUUUGAAAACAGCGUGUGUACUGAUUACAUAACUGAGAAGUUUUGGCGUACAUUUGGUUGGAAUUCAGUGCCUAUAACACUGACAAGAGAUUUCUAUACUCCAGAUGUAGUCCCUCCGGGCUCGUUUAUAAGUGUGCAAGACUUUCCAUCUGUUAAAGCUUUGGCAGAAUACCUGUUGUACCUCGACAAAAAUGACACUGCUUAUAAUGAAUACUUCACAUGGAAAAAAGAAUUCGUCUAUGAACGGACGUGGAGAUUAACACAUACAGCAUGUGACAUAUGUGAUGCUCUUCACGAUGAAUGUGUUAAACCCAAAUUUUAUAAAGAUAUAUUCAAGACUUUUUGGAACGUUGAUGUGGAUUGCAAAGAGAAAGAGAGAAAACUAUUACAACUUAUACAUAGAGAGGAUGAGUGAUCAAUAUAUGUCGAAUAUCCAUUGAUUUUCUAAUGUUACCUCCAGUUACUUUAUUCAAGUAGACAAAGUGGUUCAAUGGCGUGAGUAAUAAACAGAGCUACUUUAGAAAGGGGUCCACUCCUAGCCUCUCUGAACUGAGUCAAGGCGCGUUUGAAGUGCGAUGAUGAAGGAGUUGAAAACCACUUAUACUUUAAUACUUCUCAUCAACAAAAAAUGU